GCUGUUUUUUCUAAUUUUGAAUCAAGUGCGCGGAACUGUAUCAAUCUGCAGAUCAUAAAAUGAGAAAAAAAAUUUAUGUGUACGGCAAUUCAAUUGAAAUAUGGAAACUUUUGAAAUAAAACGCCCUGAACUGCACAGGUCAUCGAGUACGGGAAUUCCAUCUGCAAAUAAGAGUGCCCCGUACAUAAUUAUGAUUGCUGGAAUUAUUUUACUAACUGGAGCAAUACUAGUCGUUUCUCAUUUUGUUCUCGGAUAUAAGGAUUUGGACAAAAAAGUCAAUUUUCUAAAACAAAAUAGAGCAGAAUAUCUUGUUGACCAAACUUGCGAUGAAGAAUUUUGCCUCACUAAGGAUUGCGUUUCAAUGGCCUCACGGAUAAUGAAUUUGAUGAAUCCAAGAGUGGAACCCUGUGAAGAUUUUUAUGAAUAUGCAUGUGGAGGAUAUGCAAAGACUAAUUUUGUACCUUUUGGACAAACUGAUUACACACCAGCUGAAGAGACCAAACUUGUUAUAUUUCAGAAGAUAAGAAGUGUCAUGGAAAGCUCUUCAAAUGAUGGAAACAGCUCCACACUUCAGAAAAUGAGACAAAUCUAUAGCUCUUGCAGUGAUACGGAGAGGAGGGAUGCGUUACAAAGAGAUUCCUUCAAUGCGUGGCUACUGGAAAUGGAUAUAUCUUUGUCUGGUAAUCCUAAUGAAGUGACACUGAGUUUGGAAACUCCUGGAUCGUGGAGAACAAUCGUUUCUAAACUGGAAGAGUAUCAGAUCCACACUCUCUUCAAAGCAACUUUCAAAGGAUCUACAUCAACACCUAUCCAGAAAAUCAUAGUUGACUGUUCAUUGGAUCUAUUUCCAUCAGAUGUUUAUUUAGAGCCCAGUAGGGAGAAUCUUUAUAAGUUGACUUUGUACAAAGAAACAAUAGAUGGUGUUCUCACUCUUCUGUUGAUGGAAGAUUCAGAAAAACAAGUGUUUAUUGAAGAAGUUCUGCAAAUGGAGACAAACAUUGUCAGAGCUAUUCAGGCUUCGGAACCUGCAACUAACAACAGACUUACAGAUGAAGAAGCAAGUAUAACUCUCACUUAUUUAUUUANAUCGAUAUAA